AUGAAUCCUCUUAUUGUUGUUCUCAUCUUGUUUCAUUGUGCAGAAUGCUGUUUUUUCAAAAAGGGUGAGUCUUUUUGAAGAAUUUCAUAUUUUCUUAACCCAUAAGAACUAUAGCAUAGAAGAUUGAGGAAAUAAUUUGGCUUUGCUAUAUCCUUACUAUACUGAACUUUUCCUGUUCAGCGAUUACAUAGUAGCGAUUCCUGAAACAUUCUUUUAACAACAGUCAUUUACCUCAAAAUGUCCACUGAUUACCUGGUUUUGUCAUAAUUUCAUAGUCAUCUGUAUCCUCAGGAAUACCGAAAUGUCCAAGAAAUGACGAAGAUAUCAUUCCCGAUGAAGUCGCUGAAUAUCUGGCACGUCAGGCCUACCGUCAUGGCUUUGGAAAAGUAAUAUCCCUGGCAGAUAAUUCACAGUUAAAACUCAAAGUGAUCAUACAUCAGACAUCGCUACACUUCGACUGCACAUUCUUACGGGAUGUAGCACCCGCAAAAUACCUACAGUACACAUGCCGAUCGCAAUUUCCUGAUGCCAAAAUUCAUAUAAAACAUCAGGUAAGAUAGUGAAGAUGAAAUUUAUUCGUAUUUUAUAACUACUUUCUAGUAUUUUGCACAACAUAAUAAUUAUUAUGAAUUGCAUAAUACUUUUUCUUAGGAACGACCCCAGAAAAUAGUUACAAACCUCUGGAGAGAUAUCGGAUGUUGUAACUUCAUUCUACCCAACUUGUCAUUAAAGGCGACCCUCGAUAUCACUUAUUGGAGAAGGGAAUUUGA